GGCCUAGCUCCUUCUAUAGAUGCUUUACAAAUAACCCCAGUUAUCGGAGGCAUUAGUGGUAAUGGUUCCACAAGCCGGUAUUGGGACUGUUGCAAGCCAUCAUGUUCUUGGUCCUCAAUUGUUCCACCUGGUGUAACGCCAGUAACUAGUUGUGCAGCAGACGGAAUAACACCAGUGAGUGCAGACGCUAAAUCAGGAUGUGAAAAUGGUACUGCAUAUACGUGCACAAAUCAACAACCAUUUGUUGUUAAUCAAACGUAUGGGUAUGGAUUUGCAGCUGCUUGGCUAAUUGGACCGAGCACAUCUAACUUUUGCUGUGCUUGUUUCUUGCUAAACUUUACAGAUCAAAUCAAAUAUAAGCACAUGGUUGUGCAGGUAACAAACAGUGGUACCAGCCUUGAUAAAAACGAGUUCGUUCUUGCUCUACCUGGAAGCGGUGUCGGAGAUCACCCACAAGGUUGCCACGAUCAGUGGAACGCUCCAUGGAUAGGCUGGGGCGAUCUAUACGGAGGAGUUCAUAUGAGAUCAGAAUGUUUGUCGCUCCUUCCAAAAGAACUACAAGAGGGAUAUGCUUCGGCAGUGCCUUUCGAGGCCAACAACAUUGUCAUUAAAAAGAUUCCUGGUGGCUUAUCCGGUGAAGGUACCACCACCCGUUACUGGGAUUGUUGCAAACCAACUUGCUCAUGGCCUGGAAACGUAGAAUACAAAAACCCAGUAAAAUCCUGUAAAGCUGAUGGUGUUACUGCAAUUGACCCUGAAACACAAUCGGGAUGUGCAACAACCGGAUCAGCCUAUAUUUGUACCGACCAAGGCCAACGUGCUGUAAACAACACUCUUUCGCUAGGUUUUGUAGCCGCCAAAUUCAUUCACUCCAAUCGCAAUAUGUGCUGUUCCUGUGUACUUUUCAAAUUCAAACCAGCGGAACUGGCUAACAAACAAAUGAUUUUACAAGUUACCAAUACUGGAAACGACGAUCCACAUGCAACCCACAACGAGUUCGAUAUUGCAAUGCCUGGUAGUGGAGUUGGAUACUACACACAGGGAUGUACCUCUCAAUGGAAUACUGAUGUAGCCAGUUGGGGCGAUCAAUACGGUGGUGUACAUACCUUACAAGAAUGUUACAAUCUUCCCCAACCAUUAUGGGAAGGUUGUGCAUUUAGAUUCAAUUGGAUGAAUGGUUACUCAAAUCCUGAUAUUACUUUCGAAGAAGUCGAAUGUCCACAAGAACUUAUCAAUAUUAGUGGUUGUACUCCAGUCUCUCAUCCUUAAGUAGUGUAGUAAAUAUAGAGAUAACAAAAAGAUUUGUCUUAUGUUUUAAGUGUUAUAUCUAUAUAUAUAUAUAUAUAUAUAUAUAUAUAUAUAUAU